AUGGGACCACCAGUGGAUUUUGUAGUGACGGAUGACAUGGCUACUUUUAUCGUGGGCCCGGAAUCCCAAGUAUUUCGCAUCGACAGAAAUCAAGUCAUGCUGGCUUCCCCUUUGUUUCAUGCCUUCUUUACGGGCGAAUGGGCCGGACCGGACAAGAUAUAUACGCUGAAGCAAGAAGACCCGACCCUAUUCCAUUCGUUCCUACAAUGGAUAGUGUCAGACGUAGCUCCUGAGACUGAAGAGACAGUAGAGCAGCAGAUGGUAACGAAUGCGAAACUAUGGGCCCUAGGCGACCGUUUCCUCGUCCCUAGAUUCCAGAACCGCGUCAUGAACAGGUACGUAGACAUGGUUAUGGAAGCAACAGUGAGCCAGCUCAAGGACUUGGCUUACUCGUUAUAUGAAAUAGGGAUCGACGGCGAAUCCCGGAUCCCCAAGAAUGUUCUUCAAUGGCGCCUCUCGGAGGAAGACCAGGAGGCGCUAUGGGAGUCUGGUAUCAUGUCGGCAGGAUUGGCACUCGACCAAGCGGAAUUUCGGCAUAGUGAUUGGCAAAAGUCCGACAUUCACGUUCAUGAGAUUUGA